AUGCUCGCCAAUCGUGACCAUCUCGUGGAAGACGUGCAAAACGCGUCUCGAAGACAUGAAGCUCGGCACUCGGGGCCGUCGUGCAUCGGAGUUGUGGCCGCGAUACGACCAGCCUUGUUUGUGCACCGCACGGUCGGGUCAAUUCAGAUUGGACAAAUGUGGGGUGAGCCUCGGUGA